AUGUCUUCUAUGCUGCACUAUCUUCGCUUCGGCUCCAACAAAGGAGAGGAAGCCGCUGCACCGGCAAAGGACGCCCCCGUCCGCGCUCUGCCCGCAUCAUGGUACACAUCGCCAGAGAUGUACGACCUCGAGCGUCGCGCCAUAUUCUCGAAGCGAUGGAUCUUCCUCACCAAUAGCUCGCGGAUCAAGGAGGCCGGCGACUGGCUGCGCUAUGAGAUGGCGGGUUUCGACUUCUUCGUGAUCCGUGACCGACAGGGCAACGUGAACGCGUUCCACAAUGUCUGCCGACACCGCGCAUACCCGGUGAUCGAAGAGGAAGGCCAAGGAAACAAGAAGAUCGUGGCCUGUCGGUACCACGGCUGGUCUUACGGUCUGAACGGAAAACUGGCCAAAGCUCCCGGCUACAAGGAUCUUGAAUUCGACAAGGACCAGAACAGCCUCUUCCCCAUCCACGUCAAGGUGGACGUGAACGGCUUCAUCUGGGUGAACUUGGACGCGAAGGAGACGCCCGAAGUCUCCUGGGAAGAACACUUCGACGGUGUCGAUAAGCAAGAUCGCUACAAGCACUACAACUUUGACGACUACGACCUCGACCACACCUAUAAGCUGGACGGUGACUACAACUGGAAGAUCUUGUCGGAUAACUUCAACGAAUGCUACCACUGUCCCACCACGCACGCGGACAUUCCCGAGUUCCUUAACCUCGAUUCCUUCGGCAGCGACACCAAGGACGGACAUAUCCAGCACCACUGCGAAUCUACGCCGCUCCAGAUCGAAAAGGGUCUUUACACCGCAAGCACAUACUACUUCCCUGCAUCUGCCAUGGUUGUGUCACCCCACUUCAUCAUGAUCCAGAAGUUCCUCCCCAAAGGCCCCAGGAGCUCUUCCAUGGACUACGAAAUCUACCGAAACCGCAACUCGUCCGACGCCGACUUCAAACUCAUCAGCGACAUGUACGCGCGCGUCAUGGGAGAAGACAAAGUGCUGUGCAACAAUGCGCAGAAGAACCUUGACCGCGGAGUGUUCACCAACGGCCAAUUGCACCCUACGUACGAGAAAGCGCCGCUUUUCUUCCAAAGCACAGUCCGCGACGUCAUCACGGAGCACUUCAACCGGGAAAAGGACGAGGGCCAGCAAGUUUGGCCUGCGAGGCCGCAAUUGCCCGCCGACGCCAAAAUCAGCGAGCAAGAUGAGGAGAUCUGUUCGGGAUUGGCCUGUGGAGCACAGAAGGAAGUCCUGGCUUGGUAA